AUGGCAAUUACUAUUACAUCGAUUCGUGCCGGAGAGGCCUGGAGUGAGAGAAAUCUAUCAAACGGUUGUCUCGACGAAUUCCGCCAAGAUUUCUCGGCAGAAAGUUCACACAUUGAGCCUAUAUUCCACCAUGUCGGAACCACUGUUGAUUUAUCGAUUGAUCUCAUGACCUACACCUUGCAAUAUUAUCCUGUAGCAAUUUCUAAUGGCGACGUCAUUUAUGAUGUACAACUAAACAACGUAGAAGAAGAUAAUAGUGCAGACAACUGGGCGCUAUUCCAAGUGACGAACUUACGUAGCCCGCCUGAUGAAAUCACCCUUAGACAAAUAUUAUCGGACACGCACGUCAACUUCGAAAUCAGUGCAUAUGAUGGGGCGAGUGCUCGCAUUAAAAUAUGUUUCCGCGACAACGACAUGCGUUCAUCUAUCGUGUCUUGUCUGCGUAACUCACCCGAAUUGAUCAGACUAAGUAGCAACGGAUUUGAUGACUGGUGCCCAACCGAUUCCCUCACUGUCCAGCUAAUGUGCUUGAUGCCGCCAAGCGAUACAGAUAAUGAUAGUCAUGAAGAAUGGGUUGAUGAGAGAGAACUAGUAGAUCAAAUACUUCCGGGUGGUGAGCAGGACAGCAGUGAGCAAGGCAGCAGCGCUGGACAACUUGUGAGGGAUCCAUUGAUAUUGAGGACACUUUCUCCCGGAGCAAGAUAUGUCGAUGUUAGAGAUCACGGUAAUGGGUGUUAUGGAGUCAUCUGGAGUUCAGAUAGAUCUUCGUUCUUGCACUGCAUCAAUAAUUUGAAUGCACUAAUUAAAGCUGUGAAGGCAAAAUGUUUGGAUCCUCUUAGGGCGAUUCUCUGGUAUCGUUUCCAAAUAGCAGCUAAUUCUGCGUUGAAACUAUGUGAUGCCAUUUCUGCCAUCAGAAACUCGGUUGGAAAUGCAUUCUUCCGACUUGUGUUUGGGGAUGUAGGUGCAACUCUGACACCUAAAAUAGAAGCGCUUGAUAACGUAAUAACAGAUCUGCUGGAUGUGCUGAAACAUCGGAAUCCCGAGGAUUACUUGGACCAAGCACUAGGCAAGUCCUCGAGCAAUCAAAUCUUUGAAAGGGUUAUCCGUUGCUUCAAUGAACUGGGCGAUCAAUUGAAACAAACAGAGGAAUCUAUGAAAAAAUUUGUUAAACGACAGGAAACGGUUGGAUUAAUUGGAUCGACGGUAGAAUUCGCCGCCGUAAUUUGCGUCAGUGGACUUGCAACGUCUUUAUAUAAAGGAUGGCAAACUAUUGGUUGGAAAAUGAAAACCGCACAAGUAUUAGGGAUCUUUGGGUCAGUUGGCGUAGUGUUCUUGGUCAAUCAAUUGAAGGAAGUUGCAAUUAUCUGCGGAAAGACUGUUGAAAACGUCCAACUGCUACAAAAUACUUUGGGGAGACUUCUUCAACAGGCUGGCGAAGAUUUCAGACUUGCUAAUAAUAACGGACAGGCCAAAGUUGAAUUACUUAUUGCGGGACUUGAGAGAUUCCAAUUGGCUCUUCGACGUCAGGGGGAAGGAUUCACAAGACAAUAA